AUGUCCGGAAAGCUAUUCAAGAGCUGCAGGCGGUGCAGACAGCAAAAGGUCCGCUGCGACGCCCGCACCCACAUGCCGUGCUCGAGGUGUCGUACCGCCGGGUACGACCACGAGUGCGUGCUGGACACCGUCAGUAGGCCGCGUCCAUCGGAGAGGCGACGACAUGCGAACACUCCUCAUUCUCGCAGCGGGUUUACUGCUACCACGGAUGCUAGUCCACGGAGCAACAUGUCCGUGUCGAGCAGCCACUUAGAGAACCUCGAAUUGCAGCAGUUCAGCCCGCAGGACAUGAUUGCGCCGCAGUCGGUGAUGCAUUCCAUGUCUGUGAAUCUAAGGGAGAGCUCGCCCAUCUUCUUGGGGGAGUCGGAUGUUGCCGAUUCCAGGGGUGAUAUUAUCUCGCGCGGUAUCAUCAGCGACGAGGAUGCGCGGAACAUCUACGAAAGAUUCAUGAACUGCAGCAAGAACUUCAUCCCUCUGUUCGAUCCUGUCAGAGACACUUUCGACUCCAUCCGCUCGCGAUCGCUAUUCUGCUUCACGGUGAUUAUCUACCUGGCCAGCCGUGCAGCGACUGAUUUCCGUGGGAAUGUUCAUUUGCAGCGCGUGCUUCAGGACGAAGCUCAGCGGCUGGCGGAGGACUCUUUCUUUGCGAAGCCUACUAAAUUAGAGACCGUGCAGGGCAUGAUCCUUCUUGCGGCGUACUCGGAAAAGACCUGGUUCUCGACAGCCCUGAUUCUGCGCACGGCGUUGGAUUUGGGCCUUGAGAAGUCGCUGGAUACUUUGCUGGCCCAUAGCACGGCACCGAGAAGCUACCUGUCAGCAAGCAUGGAGGACCGACAGCUUGUCUGGCAGACGCGCACAUGGCUGAUUUCAUCUACACUGGAGCUGGACGUCGCGAGUGGAACGGGCCGGAAGUCGCGUCUGGGAGACGUUGAUAUCUCGAAGCUGCGCAAGUUUCUUGAUUACCCUUUAUCGCUUCACUGCGAUCUGCGGACUGUGUCGAUUAUCGAGUAUCACCAGAUUCGGACGAGAGGCCGGCAGAUAAUUGAGAAUUCCACUGCGGCUCAGAUUAUAUCGACCGAGCUGCCUGCGAUUAUGCGGAAGCUGAACCAGUGGUGGGAGGAGUGGGAUGAGUUGCACCAUCGUGAGUUACCUACGUGUACGUCUUGGAUUAUUCUGACUUUCAGAAAACGCGUUCCAUCCUGGUGCGUUUCAGCGGUCGUCUUUGAAGUUGAUGCUCAACUACGCCAAGGUUUUUACAUACUGUGUGACUAUAGCUAG